AUGGGAAACAGGCAGAUCAGACUGGUGAAUGGGUCAGAUCAUUGUGCCGGAAGAGUGGAGAUUUAUUACAAUGGAACCUGGGGAACAGUCUGUGAUGAUUCCUGGGACCUGGCAGAUUCCAAUGUUAUUUGUAGAGAACUGGGAUGUGGACAUACCAUCAGUGCAACUAUCUCUGCACAUUCUGGGGAAGGAUCUGGGCAGAUCUGGCUGGAUGAUGUAAACUGCUCUGGGAAUGAAUCCAGUCUCUGGGAAUGCCCAUCUGGAGGAUGGAGUUUGCAUAACUGCAGGCACAACGAAGAUGCAGGAGUUGUCUGUUCAGAAAACAAACAGAUUAGACUGGUGAAUGGAACAGAUCAUUGCUCUGGGAGAGUGGAGAUUUAUUAUAAUGGCACCUGGGGAACAGUCUGUGAUAAUUCCUGGGAUCUAUCAGAUGCCAACGUUGUUUGCAAACAACUGAGAUGUGGACACGCCAUCAAUACAACUGUCUCUGCUCGAUACGGGCUAGGAUCUGGGAAGAUCUGGCUGGAUGAUGUGAAUUGCUCUGGGAAUGAAUCCAAUCUCUGGGUGUGUCCUUUCAGGGAAUGGGGUCAGCACAAUUGUGGAGAUCAUGAAGAUGCUGGAGUUAUCUGCUCAGGAAGCAAACAGAUCAGACUGGUGAAUGGGGCAGAUCACUGUGCUGGCAGGGUGGAAAUUUAUUACCAAGACACCUGGGGGACAGUCUGUGAUGAUUCCUGGGACCUAUCGGAUGCCAACGUUGUUUGCAAAGAACUGGGAUGUGGACGUGCCAUCAAUGCAUCUGUUUCUGCUCAUUAUGGGGAAGGAUCAGGGGAGAUCUGGCUGGAUGACGUGAACUGCUCUGGAACUGAAACCAACCUUUGGGCAUGUCCUUCCAGGGGAUGGGGUCAGCACAGCUGCGGGCAUCAUGAAGAUGCAGGAGUGCUCUACUCAGAACACAAGCAGAUCAGACUGGUAAAUGGUGCAGAUCAUUGCUCUGGGAGAGUGGAAAUUUAUUACAAUGGUAUCUGGGGAACAGUCUGUGAUGAUUCCUGGGAUAUAUUGGACUCCAAUGUCAUUUGCAAACAACUGGGAUGUGGACACGCCAUCAAUGCAACUGUCUCUGCUCAUUAUGGGGAAGGAGCUGGGCAGAUCUGGCUGGACAAUGUGAACUGCUCUGGAACUGAAUCCAGUCUGUGGGCCUGUCCUUCCAGGGGAUGGGGUCAGCAUAACUGUGGACACACCAACGAUGCAGGAGUUAUCUGCUCAGAUUUUACUAUCAAUGGCAAUUUCUGUGCAAGACAGACACUGGACUAA